UCCGAGCCAAACUCAAUAAUAAAAUCUAAACCAGCUGCGAAAGCUACGAAAACUGAUCUACCAGCAAAAUUUACUGAGAAAUUGGUCUUAGAAAGCAAGCCAACCACUCAACCAAAAUCUUCAAGUAAGCUUUGGUUACGCAUAGAAGAAGGUGAAGAGAAGUUCUAA